AUGUCUCAAAACCAACAAACAGACGAGGUGAUCGAAACGCUCACAGAGUACUAUGACCCGAUCGCGAUUCUUUUCAGUAGUGUUAAUUACAAUACUGAAAAUCUUACUAUCGAGCUGCGACGAUGCGGGGUAAAAUACAAUCAACUCAGCGGGCUGGUGAAGGAGGACUUGCGACUAAUGGGCAUGACAAACGAUGAAGCUAUAAAAGAAAUUUUGGAUGAACUUUCCUCCCUGUCCAAUCAAGAUAGGCUUUACGAUAGUGUACUUUGCAACGAAUUUAUACCAGAAAAAUAUUCCGAAACAGUGCUGAAACACAGUGUAGAACACUUGGAGUUAAUGAACAACAUGCUUUCGCUUAUUCAAUUGAAGCUACAGGCAUCUUUUCCGAAUAAUGUACUGCUGGAGGAUAAUGUUUAUGCAUCUCAGUUUUGUUUACAGCUUUGCGAUAAGAUUAGCGAAAAAAUAGGCGAUAUUCAAGCUGAAUGCACAGAAACAAAAUUCGUCAAGCCUAAAAAUUUUAGGCAAAGAAUAACACUUCCUAUAUUGUUGGCUACUGGAGCGGUAGUUGUAGUUCUAGUUUGGCAAAAUAAAAUUCACAAGUUUUGGUAA